UUCUUUUCAACUCUCACAGUUGAAGCCUUGAAGAAGCUAUUUGGUGUCACAUUUUGGAUUCGAUCAGAUCAUCUUAAUCUGCUUUCAAACUCAAAUUACCCACUAGCUAAGAAAUUGGAGAAGAUGGCGGAAAUUGACAUUGUUCCUGAAACAGAAAUGGAAGACAAAGUAAAAGCGAUAUUGAAACUUAUCAAAGAUGGCGAACUUGAUAUGGAUGGCACACCGGAAGAAAUUUUGAAGAGGGAACCGCUUGCUGAAUUGGUUAAAAUUUGUGAAGAGAAACUGGCACAGAAGAAUUGGUUAAAAUUUGCUGAAUUUGUGAAGAAACUGGAGAAUGAGAUCAGUCAACUGGCACAGAAGAAUUUGGUGCAAGAAGAAGAAUUAGGUAAGUUGAAGAAAGAAUUAACAGCGAGAACAAAAAAAUGCUCUGCACUCCAACGUAAGCUUAAUACGGCAGAGAAAGAUGCUUCAGGAGACAAAGCCAAAGUUGAAAAUCUGGAAAAGGACUUGCUUUCCUUGAAGACAACAAAAGAAGAAUUGGAGCUCAACUGUGAAAAACUCGGAGAAGAACGUCAGAAACUCAUAAAAGAACAUGCACAAACCCUCAAAUUUUUUGAGGAUGAAAAUAAUGAAUUAGCCAGCGAAAUAGUGGAUCUUCAGAGAACAUUGAAAGAACAGGAAGAUGCACAUCAGAAGUUGAAUGAAGAAUAUAAACAAGUUGACAGUAAGUUUAAUGAAUGCAAGGUCAACCUUGAAGUUGCAAACAGAAAGAUUGAAGAAAAGGAAGAAGAGCUUCGUGAAAGCAUUGCAUCAAAAGAUCAGAUUGUAACUGAUUUGGAACAUCAAGUUGAAGACCUGAAAAGAGACCUGGGAGAGAAAAGGGAUGAGACCAGAACUUUGCUUGAGAAUGUCAGGAAUCAUGAGGAAAAUCUUCGCCUGUCAAACCAAAAGCUCCGGGACACUGAACAAUUGCUAAGUGAAAAGGAAGAGGUCUUUAGAAAGGCGGAAGAAAAGCUUCAGCAAGUUCAGAGAGAACUUGAAGAUAGGAAUGCUACUGAAGUGUGUGUCGACAGUGUGAAAAUUGGGAUAGAUACUGUGAGCAAGAAGUUUUCUGAUGACUGCAAUAAUUUUGACCUUGAGAAAUCCAUUGCAAACAUCUCUCGUGAGCUUCAGGAUGUAAAAGAACAUGUCAGUGAGGUGAAUAGUGAAAAGGAGAAGUUACAGAAUGAUAAUAAGCUUUUGUUGGAGGAGCUGCGGGGUAAAGAGGAACACAAAUUAACUCUAAACGAGAAGGUUGAGAAGUUAGAGAUCGAAUGCAAAAACAUGGAGGCCAUUAGGAAGCUCAGCUUGAAGAUUGUUGAUCUCACGGAAAUCCCAUCAAAGUCUGGCAGCAACUGUUGAUUGUGUUAGCUCUUUUCUUUGUAAUGCAGCUUUGUCAGUUAGGUAUAGUCAUGAUUUGACAUAUUAUUGGCUUAUUUUCCUGUGAAUUGAUUCUUUUGUCGUACAAACAUGAAUGUGUGUGUAUAAUUUGGAUUUUCCGGUAUCAUGAGCUGAGUUACAAGUUCUUUUCUUCUCUUGAA